UGCUGUGGUGACGGCGGAGGACGGCCUCUCCCCCGCGAAGAGGCCCCGCCUGUCUACAGCCGGGCUGGGUGCGAGCGGCGGGGCGGCGAGAUGGCGGCUUUCCUGGGGCGCGCGGCGGCCGGGCUUCUUACCAGAUUGCAGACUUCAGCUCCUGUAAUACAAACUCCCCCAUCAUCGCAUUCCUUUUCUCAGAACAUUCCAAGUUGUUUGUGGAAACUGGGCCAACUUAAUCAUGUAGCAAUUGCAGUACCUGAUCUGGAGAAAGCUCAGGCCUUUUAUAAAGAUGUGUUAGGAGCACAGGUGAGCGAGACUGUUGCUCUUCCCGAACAUGGUGUCUACACUGUUUUUGUGGAGCUGGGAAAUACCAAGCUGGAACUUCUACAUCCUUUAGGAGAGAAAAGUCCCAUUGCAAGCUUUCUGCAAAAAAACAAGACUGGAGGAAUGCAUCAUAUCUGCAUUGAGGUUGAUGACAUAAAAGCAGCUAUGACAGAACUGAAGAAAAAAAAGAUACGAAUAUUGAGUGAAGAGCCAAAAAUAGGUGCACAUGGCAAACCUGUGAUUUUUCUUCACCCUAAAGAUUGCCAUGGAGUCCUUGUGGAACUUGAGCAAGCUUGAGCUGUAAUAUUCAUAAAUAAAACAAUAGAUUAGCUGUGAA